GAGUAAAAUUGAUGUGCUACGUACUUCAUUGAUGUGUUGUGACAUUUGAAAUACUUUAUCAUUAUUACCGAUGUAUGUUUGUGUGACGUGUCAGUGAAGAAGAAGUGAAAUCAAUGAAAUAAAUUCGGUUCAACUGGCUUAUUUUAUGUUGAUAGUUCGGUGUGUUUUAUUUACGAGUAUCUUUUGUUGAACGAAUCAACUAAUUGUAAUUUCGAGAUCGCAUCCAAAUCGGCGACAUGCUCGUUAACUUUGAAUCAAAAUCGGCCCGUGUCAAAGGCAUUUCGUUUCAUUCGAAAAGACCGUGGAUUUUGGCCAGUUUGCAUAGUGGUGUUAUUCAGCUAUGGGACUAUCGUAUGUGUACGUUGCUCGAAAAGUUUGACGAACACGACGGGCCAGUGCGUGGCAUUUGUUUUCACAAUCAACAACCAUUAUUCGUAUCCGGCGGUGAUGAUUUCAAAAUCAAAUUUUGGAACUACAAGAAACGUCGUUGCAUCUUCACAUUGCUUGGUCAUUUAGAUUAUGUGCGUACAACAUUUUUCCAUCAUGAAUACCCGUGGAUUUUGAGCGCCUCAGAUGAUCAAACGAUUCGUAUUUGGAAUUGGCAAUCGAGAACGUGCAUUUCAGUGUUGACCGGCCACAAUCACUAUGUAAUGUGUGCAAUGUUCCAUCCAGUCGAAGAUCAAAUUGUGUCCGCCUCAUUGGAUCAAACCGUCAGAGUGUGGGAUAUCGCAGGUAUUGCGAAUAGAGAUGGAAUGAAAGGUUUGCGUAAGAAGAAUGUAGCACCGGGACCGGGUGGCCUUGAUGAUUUGCCAAAAUUACAAGGCGCUACAGAUCUGUUUGGUGUUGCUGAUGCAGCCGUUAAGCAUGUUUUGGAAGGCCAUGAUCGUGGUGUCAAUUGGGCAAGCUUCCAUCCAUCGUUGCCGCUCAUUGUGUCCGGCGCCGAUGAUCGACAAAUCAAACUUUGGCGCAUGAACGAAUACAAAGCUUGGGAAGUCGACACAUUCCGUGGCCAUUACAAUAAUGUGUCCAGUGUUUUGUUCCAUCCACGUCAAGAGCUUGUGAUAUCAAACAGCGAGGAUCGUAGUAUUCGCGUUUGGGAUAUGACGAAACGUCAGUGCUUGCACACAUUCCGACGUGAAAACGAACGCUACUGGAUUCUCACCGCCCAUCCAACAUUGAAUCUGUUUGCCGCUGGUCAUGAUGCUGGUAUGAUCGUUUUCAAACUGGAACGUGAGCGUCCAGCGUACGCCGUGCAUGGCAAUAUUUUGUAUUAUGUAAAAGAUCGAUUCUUGCGAAAAUUGGACUUUACCACCACAAAUCAAUCGGUGGUGAUGCAAUUGCGCGGCGGUUCAAAGUCACCGGUCCACAGUAUGUCCUAUAAUCCAGCCUUGAAUGCAAUUCUCAUUUGUACACGCACACCAAACCUUGAAAAUAGCACCUAUGACCUGUACACCAUUCCACCAAAAGACUCCGAUUCGAACCAACACACCGAAACCGAAAGCAAACGUUCAUCGGGUAUUACUGCUUUGUGGGUGGCACGCAAUCGCUUUGCCGUACUUGAUCGGAACAACCAAUUGGUGGUGAAGAAUUUCAAAAAUGAAGUCACCAAAAAGUGCAUGUCACAGUGCGAGGAUAUUUUCUAUGCCGGUACUGGUAUGUUGCUGUUGAAGGAUGCCGACUCGGUGACAUUGUUCGACGUUCAACAGCUUCGUGUAAUUGCCACCGUAAAAAUUUCCAAGUGUCGUUAUGUUGUGUGGUCAUCAGAUAUGUCACAUGUUGCUCUGUUGGCCAAGCACACCGUCACCAUUUGCAGUCGGAACAUGGAUUUGUUGUGCUCGAUCCACGAGAAUACACGCGUAAAAUCUGGUGCAUGGGACGAUUCCGGUGUUUUCAUUUACACAACGAGCAACCAUAUCAAAUAUGCGAUCACAAACGGUGACCACGGUAUCAUUCGUACUCUCGAUCUUCCGAUCUAUAUAACACGCGUCAAGGGAACCGAAGUGUUCUGUUUGGAUCGUGAAUGCCGCACUCGUGUACUGAACAUCGAUCCAACUGAAUUCAAAUUCAAAUUGGCCUUGAUCAAUCGCAAAUACGAAGAGGUGUUACACAUGGUGCGCAAUGCACGUUUGGUCGGUCAGAGUAUUAUUGCUUAUCUACAGCAAAAGGGCUAUCCGGAAGUGGCUUUACAUUUCGUGAAAGAUGAAAAGACACGGUUCAGUUUGGCAUUGGAGUGUGGUAAUAUCGAAGUGGCCUUGGAAGCAGCCAAAUCUUUGGACGACAAAGAGAGCUGGGAUCGCUUGGGUCAAGCUGCACUCAUGCAGGGCAACCAUCAAGUCGUCGAAAUGAGUUACCAACGCACCAAAAACUUUGACAAACUCUCCUUCUUGUACUUGAUCACCGGCAAUCUGGACAAAUUGAAGAAGAUGAACAAAAUCGCCGAAAUCCGCAAAGAUGUGUCGGCUCAAUAUCAAGGUGCUUUGCUGUUGGGCGAUGUCAAGGAGCGCAUUCAAAUUUUGAAAAAUUGCGGACAAAAUUCAUUGGCCUAUUUAACAGCCGCUACGUAUGGUUAUGAAGAGGAAGCUAAGGAGUUGGGAGAUGUGAUUACAGCCGAUGGAAAGGCUUUGCCAGAAGCAAAUCCAAAUGCUAUUCUAUUGAAUCCACCACUUCCAGCGCAGCAGGCCGAAAGCAACUGGCCACUGUUGACUGUUACACGAGGUUUCUUCGAAGGAGCAAUGCUUUCGCGUGGAGCUCAAAGUGUACACCAAGCAUUGGCCGCAGCUGAUACAACGAUCGAUGAAGGUGCCGGUGAUGGCUGGGGCGCUGAUGCCGACAUUGGCUUGGGUGAUGACGACGACGAUGAUGAUAUGAAAGAUGCUCUCGAAACACUAGAAGGCGACAAUGAAGGACCUGGUUGGGAUGUUGGCGACGAAGAUCUGGAUAUCCCAGAAGAAAUUGCCGCAAAAAUGGCUUCGGUUAGCAUUAGCAAUGAUGGAAACUAUGAAGUACCAAAUCGCGGACCAACUCACACUCAAUACUGGGCAAACAACACCAAUUUGGUUGCCGAUCACUUGCGAGCUGGCUCCUUUGAAUCAGCCGUCCGUUUGCUAAACGAUCAAGUUGGAGUUGUUCAAUUCGAGCCAUUCAAAGAACUGUUCCAACAAUUUUUCAUCGGAGCACGCACAUCAUAUUCAGCGUUGCCGAGCUUAGAACCAUUGUUCGGUCAUCCACAGCGUAACUGGAAAGAGGCAAACAUCAAAAAAGCACACCCAACCGUCUAUAUAAAACUAAACGAUCUAAUUCAACGAUUGCAAGCAUGUUAUCAAUUGACAACAGCUGGAAAAUUCAGCGAAGCAGUUGCGAAAUUGCAGUCAAUCUUAGUUUCGAUUCCAUUGCUUGUGGUUGAAAAUCGCCAAGAGAUUGCCGAAGCACAACAGCUGUUGAGCAUCUGCCGUGAGUAUGUGGUCGGUAUAAAAAUGGAGACAAAUCGUAAAGGUUUGCCAAACGCCACACUCGAAGAUAAGAAGCGUCAUUGCGAAUUGGCCGCCUACUUUUCACACUGCAAUCUACAACCGGUCCAUCAAAUCCUUACGCUACGUACCGCUUUGAAUAUGUUCUUCAAGUUGAAAAACUUCAAAACUGCCGCCUCAUUUGCCAGACGACUACUUGAACUUGGCCCAAGACCCGAAGUUUCGCAACAGGCACGUAAAAUUUUGCAAGCUUGUGAAUUGAACCUCGCCGACGAACAUUCACUCGAAUACGAUGAACACAAUCCAUUCAGUUUGUGUGCCAACACAUUCAAACCCAUUUACAAAGGCAAACCAGAAGAGAAGUGCCCGUUGUGCGGCGCAUCGUAUCAACCACAAUUCAAAGGAACGCUAUGUAACGUGUGCGAGGUAGCCGAAGUCGGCAAAGAUGUAGUCGGUUUAAGAAUAUCUCCAUUGCAGUUUAGAUAAAUUCCGAGUAAAACACCGAAGCUGAUUAAUCAACUAUUUUUAUGGGAAAAAAAAACUUAUUAUUAAAGGCAUUUAUACAGUCCCAAAAAUGUAAUGACUGUCGUAAAUUAAGAGAAACACUUUCUUUGUAUUAUUACAUCCUGUAACGUUGAUUUAUGAAUAAUAACAAAUAUGAUUAUCAAUGAA